UGUUUCUUUCUGCUUGUUUAUGCGCGGGAUACAUGGCGGGACCGGGAGUAGAGAUCGGCGAUGUUGUGGCGGGAAAGUGUUGGAAUGGGUCGUGACAGUGAUUAAACUGGAAAUGUAGCAUUUCCAACAGCGAACUGCCCUGUUGUGGCCACCUGCUUCCUAAUGGUGCACAUUACGUCUACGGAAAGAAAAUCGAGCCUACCAUGCCGGCUACACAAGAUAACGGAAACGAUCGCGUGAGAUCGCUGCGGCCUAGAAAGCCAAGAGAUGUUGCUUCAUCCGACGAUUGCAAGGGCAGUCAGAAUGGCGAAGUAUCCGAAGGACCCAGUGUUCACCGGCCGGCUCGCCAACGAGGCGCGAAGUUGUCAAUGUCGUCGUCAAAACCAGCCGGAAAAAGUGAAGGCGCGAAACAAGGGGACACCUUCGUGAAAGUGCAAAAAGAGUGCCGUUUGGGAAGCCAAGCUUGGACGGACAAGUACAAACCUUCGAAAUCGUGCGCCUUCGUCGGCAACGACGCGACGAUUGCCGAACUGCGGUCAUGGCUGUUGCAAUGGAAAAACAAGCCUUCAAAUGCAGAGCGAUCCAACUCGCGACAUUCGUUGAGUGAUUCCGAAGAUUCUACAGAGGGACUGAGUAAUUGCUACUUGCUUGUGGGUCCUCCUGGUGUUGGAAAAACAAGUUCUGUUUACUACCUUGCGGAAGAACUAGGCUUCAAGGUGCUCGAAGUUCAUGCGUCAAGCGAGAGACCGGGCAAGAAAAUCCUGACCGAAUUGCACGAAGCUACGCAGUCCCAUCAUGUGGAGGGUAGCAGACUGUUGUUUCCAGCUGUUGCAGCACCAAGCACCACCGCUAGCACGGACAAAGCGAAGGUUCAAAAGAAGGCGAAAAGCACCGGCCCUCUGCAGCAGAUGUUUGAGCGAGCUGCUGCAAAAAGCCAAGAAAAGCCAGCGAAGAUGGUUGGUGAGAGCACUGCUAAGAAGUCUGGCAAGGGACCUUUGGAUAGCUACUUUUCUGCAAACAAUGGUGCAAAGCAGACACCGAAGUUGUCUGCUUCAUCGAGCACUUCCAAACCCACGACUAAAACAAGUCCUAAAGGGACAUUACUUGAAUACUUUGCAACACCACCGUUAAAGAAAGGCAUGGACUUGAUUGCAGCAAAAGAGACCAAGACCUCUGGCAAGCAACAGCGUUGCUCCCACGGUAGCAAAGGUUCAUUGAAGAAGGUGCCUUCAUCUGGUGCUUCUGAUGGUGACAAUGAUGAGCUUGUUAGUGUGGUUUCAAAAAUGAAACAUGGAAAGGCUUUGGAACCAAAGUAACAAAAGG